AUGAAAAAAACAAUAACUUUAGCGCCUGAUUACUCAAAAUCAUCUUUCUUUAAUGAUGGUAAUUUUCUAUUCUGCAAUGCAUUUACGAAAUAAUUGCCAUUUACAGACUUUGGAACCUUCUAAAUGAAAUACUAAAAUAAACAAAUGUCAGUGUCUAUUUCAACAUCCGAGUUAGCCAUAAAAAUAGAAGAUGAAGUAUGCUUUUUAUCUAAGUAGAAAGGUGAAAAAUAUAUUUAAAUUGAAAAUGUGUGCUUCAAAAAAAUAUUACAUCCUAAAACUUAAUAAUUAGGGUUUCGCUUAAGUAAAAAUGGGUAAUAUGCUGAAUUUUUUGGGGAAAUCGUUGACUUGUGGAAAUCUUUAAAAAAGUAUGUUAUUCAAGCAGAUUUUUUGCUUAAGUAUAAGUUGGGAUCUAAAAUAGGGGAAGGAUAUAGCUCAUCAGUUUAUAAAGCUUUUAAAAUCAUCAAUGGUGAAAAGUUUGCAGUUAAGAUAGUAGAUAAGAACAUGUUAUCUCGAAGUAAUAACUUAGAAAAGCAAUAUUUGCUUAACGAAUUAAGUAUUCUUCGAUAGAUCAAUCAUAAUAAUUUAUUAAAAUUAGAGGAGAUAUUCGAAAGUGAGGAGAAUAUUUAUAUUGUGACAGAAUUAUUGGAAGGAGGAGCUCUGAAGAAUUCUAUCUUUAAGUUUAGAUUCGCAGAAGAAGAAACAAUUAUUUUAAUGUAGGCGUUGUAUCGCACUCUCAACUAUUUACAUUAGAUGAAUAUAUUUCAUCACGACAUAAAAUUUGAUAACAUUCUACUAAGAGAUUAGUAGGAUCUCACUUCUGUUUGUAUUAUUAACUUUGGGAAAGCAUAAAUAUUGAAACCCAACAUAUCUAGUUGCAGAAAUCUCAAUCACCAUGAUUCGACUUCUCUCAUCUCAUUUUUUAGAAAAAAAGAUAUAUAUGCAAUAAGCAUAAUUAUUCUCAGCAUAUUUACAAAGAAACUAUAUUAAGAAAGCUCUUUGCUUGAUGAAUUAUUAAUGAAAAAUUAUUAAAAUGUUAGCUAUAUUGAAUUUAUGAAUCUUUUACCGCCUCUUUAGUAAUUUUUUGAAUUAUUGUUUACAGAAAAAGGAAGAUUAUUAAUUGAUACAUUAACCUGUCAUGAUAUUUUAAGUCUAGAAGUGUUCAAAUUACAUUUUUAAAGAAGAUCAUCAAAAAUGAACCAUGUUUUACACAUAUAAACUUUUGAUGUAAAAAGAUAAUCUAGGUUUCUUCCUAGACCCUCUUAAAAGGAUAAUCUUUAACUUUCCUACCUUUAAAAAAGCUUAAAAUUACCUAACAUAAAUGAUUCAUGUGAAAUUAAGGUUACAUAAAACCAAUCCUACAGUCCUUAAACUGAAAACUGUCUUUCUAAUAGAUUGACGAAUGAAUGCAAGAUCAAUAAUUAAACUCCAAGAUAUAGUAUCUUGAGAAAAUUUUUGAGUCCCAAUAUUUGA